UCUUGCCGCAGCUGAGUGACUGAUACAUCCUGUGGGUGGACUGGCUUCUUUUGGAAGCCAUGUCGUAAGUUCAGAGAAAUGGUCGUCAUGUCAAAACAGGCCAGCUUGCAGCCAUCAAGGUUAUGGAUGUCACGGGGGAUGAAGAGGAAGAAAUCAAGCAAGAAAUUAACAUGUUGAAGAAAUACUCUCAUCACCGAAAUAUUGCUACAUACUAUGGUGCUUUUAUCAAAAAGAAUCCUCCAGGCAUGGAUGACCAACUUUGGUUGGUGAUGGAGUUUUGUGGCGCUGGCUCUGUCACUGACCUGAUCAAGAACACAAAAGGCAACACGUUGAAAGAGGAGUGGAUUGCAUACAUCUGCAGAGAGAUCCUAAGGGGGCUGAGCCACCUGCACCAGCAUAAAGUGAUUCAUCGAGAUAUUAAAGGGCAAAAUGUCUUGCUGACUGAAAAUGCAGAAGUUAAACUAGUGGACUUUGGAGUCAGUGCCCAGCUUGACCGCACAGUGGGCAGGAGGAACACUUUCAUCGGGACCCCUUACUGGAUGGCACCGGAAGUCAUUGCCUGCGAUGAAAACCCUGAUGCCACAUAUGAUUUCAAGAGUGACUUGUGGUCUUUGGGAAUCACCGCCAUCGAGAUGGCAGAAGGUGCUCCCCCUCUCUGUGAUAUGCAUCCCAUGAGAGCCCUCUUCCUCAUCCCCCGGAACCCAGCACCUCGGCUGAAGUCAAAGAAGUGGUCAAAAAAAUUCCAAUCAUUUAUUGAGAGCUGCUUGGUUAAGAAUCACAGCCAGAGACCAGCAACAGAACAAUUGAUGAAGCAUCCAUUUAUACGAGACCAACCUAACGAGAGACAGGUCCGCAUCCAACUCAAGGACCACAUUGAUAGGACAAAGAAGAAGCGAGGAGAAAAAGAUGAGACAGAGUAUGAGUACAGCGGAAGCGAAGAGGAAGAGGAAGAGAAUGACUCAGGGGAGCCCAGCUCCAUUCUGAACCUACCUGGGGAGUCGACGCUGCGGCGGGACUUCCUGAGGCUGCAGCUGGCCAACAAGGAGCGAUCAGAAGCCCUGCGGCGUCAACAGCUGGAGCAGCAGCAGCGGGAGAACGAGGAGCACAAGAGACAGCUAUUGGCUGAGCGCCAGAAGCGCAUCGAGGAGCAGAAGGAGCAGCGACGGCGACUGGAAGAGCAACAAAGGCGAGAGAAGGAGCUGCGGAAGCAGCAGGAGAGGGAGCAGCGCAGGCACUUCGAGGAGCAGAUGCGCCGGGAGGAGGAGAGGAGGCGCGCGGAGCACGAGCAGGAAUACAUCAGGCGACAGUUAGAGGAGGAGCAGAGACAGUUAGAGAUCUUACAGCAGCAGCUACUGCACGAGCAAGCUCUACUUCUGGAAUAUAAGCGCAAACAAUUGGAAGAACAGAGACAAGCAGAAAGGCUGCAGAGACAACUUAAGCAAGAGAGAGACUAUUUGGUUUCCCUUCAGCAUCAGCGGCAGGAGCAGAGGCCCAUAGAGAAGAAGCCACUGUACCAUUACAAGGAGGGGAUGAGUCCCAGUGAGAAGCCAGCAUGGGCCAAGGAGGUAGAAGAACGGUCAAGGCUCAACCGGCAGAGUUCACCAGCCAUGCCUCACAAGGUUGCCAACAGGAUAUCUGACCCUAACCUGCCCCCAAGGUCGGAGUCCUUCAGCAUUAGUGGAGUUCAGCCUGCUCGGACACCCCCUAUGCUUAGGCCUGUAGACCCCCAGAUCCCACAGCUGGUAGCUGUAAAAUCCCAGGGACCUGCCUUGACUGCCUCCCAGUCAGUGCAUGAACAGCCCACAAAGGGCCUGUCUGGGUUUCAGGAGGCUCUGAACGUGACCUCUCACCGCGUCGAGAUGCCACGCCAGAACUCGGAUCCCACCUCCGAAAACCCUCCUCUCCCCACUCGCAUUGAGAAGUUUGACAGAAGCUCUUGGUUACGACAGGAAGAAGACAUUCCACCAAAGGUGCCUCAAAGAACAACUUCUAUAUCCCCAGCAUUAGCCAGAAAGAGUUCUCCUGGUAACGGUAGUGCUUUGGGACCCAGACUAGGAUCUCAACCCAUCAGAGCAAGCAACCCUGAUCUCCGGAGAACUGAGCCCAUCUUAGAGAGCCCUUUGCAGAGGACCAGCAGUGGCAGCUCCUCCAGCUCCAGCACCCCCAGCUCCCAGCCCAGUUCCCAAGGAGGCUCCCAGCCUGGGUCACAAGCAGGAUCCAGUGAAAGAACCAGGGUUCGAGCCAACAGUAAGUCAGAAGGAUCACCUGUGCUCCCCCAUGAGCCUUCCAAGGUGAAACCAGAAGAGUCCAGAGACAUUACCCGGCCCAGUCGACCAGCUAGCUAUAAGAAAGCGAUAGAUGAGGAUCUGACGGCAUUAGCCAAAGAACUGAGAGAACUCCGAAUUGAAGAAACAAACCGCCCACUGAAGAAGGUGACUGAUUACUCGUCCUCCAGUGAAGAGUCAGAGAGCAGUGAAGAAGAAGAGGAAGAUGGAGAAAGCGAGACCCAUGAUGGGACAGUGGCUGUCAGCGACAUACCCAGACUGAUACCAACAGGAGCACCAGGGAGCAGCGAGCAGUACAACGUGGGAAUGGUUGGGACCCAUGGGCUGGAGACCUCUCAUGCGGACACUUUCAGCAGCAGUAUUUCAAGAGAAGGGACCUUGAUGAUUAGAGAGACAGCUGGAGAGAAGAAGCGAUCCGGCCACAGUGACAGCAAUGGCUUUGCUGGCCACAUCAACCUCCCAGACCUGGUGCAGCAGAGCCAUUCCCCUGCUGGGACACCCACUGAAGGCCUGGGGCGUGUUUCCUCCCAUUCUCAGGAGAUGGACCCCGGGACUGAAUAUGGCAUGGGGAGCACCACCAAAGCCUCCUUCACCCCCUUUGUGGACCCCAGAGUAUACCAGACGUCUCCCACUGAUGAAGAUGAAGAGGAUGAAGAAUCAUCAGCUGCGGCUCUGUUUACUAGCGAACUUCUUAGGCAAGAACAGGCCAAACUCAAUGAAGCAAGAAAGAUUUCAGUGGUGAACGUAAACCCAACCAACAUUCGGCCUCAUAGUGACACACCGGAAAUCAGGAAAUACAAGAAACGAUUCAACUCAGAAAUACUUUGUGCAGCACUGUGGGGUGUAAACCUUUUGGUGGGAACUGAAAAUGGCUUGAUGCUUUUGGACCGAAGUGGGCAAGGCAAAGUCUAUAAUCUGAUCAACCGCAGACGAUUUCAGCAGAUGGAUGUGCUAGAGGGAUUAAAUGUUCUUGUGACAAUAUCAGGAAAGAAAAAUAAGCUACGAGUUUACUAUCUUUCAUGGUUAAGAAAUAGAAUACUACACAAUGACCCAGAAGUGGAAAAGAAACAAGGCUGGAUCACCGUUGGGGACUUGGAAGGCUGUAUACAUUACAAAGUUGUUAAAUAUGAAAGGAUCAAAUUCUUGGUGAUUGCCUUAAAGAAUGCUGUGGAGAUAUAUGCCUGGGCUCCUAAACCAUAUCACAAGUUUAUGGCGUUUAAGUCUUUUGCAGAUCUUCAGCACAAGCCUCUGCUAGUUGAUCUCACUGUAGAAGAAGGUCAAAGGUUAAAGGUUAUUUUUGGCUCACACACUGGUUUCCAUGUAAUUGACGUUGAUUCAGGAAACUCUUAUGAUAUCUACAUACCAUCUCAUAUUCAGGGCAAUAUCACUCCUCAUGCUAUUGUCAUCUUGCCUAAAACAGAUGGAAUGGAAAUGCUCGUUUGCUAUGAGGACGAGGGGGUGUAUGUGAACACCUAUGGCCGGAUAACCAAGGAUGUGGUGCUUCAAUGGGGAGAAAUGCCCACGUCUGUGGCCUACAUUCAUUCCAAUCAGAUAAUGGGCUGGGGCGAGAAAGCUAUUGAGAUCCGGUCAGUGGAAACAGGACAUUUGGAUGGAGUAUUUAUGCAUAAGCGAGCUCAAAGGUUAAAGUUUCUAUGUGAAAGAAAUGAUAAGGUAUUUUUUGCAUCCGUGCGAUCUGGAGGAAGUAGCCAAGUGUUUUUCAUGACCCUCAACAGAAAUUCCAUGAUGAACUGGUAACAGAAGAGCACUUGGCACUUAUCUUCAUGGCGUUAUUUCUAAUGUAACAGAACAUAACUCAUGUGGACUUAUGCCAGUCUAGAGGCAGAAUCAGAAGGCUUGGUUGAACAUACUGCUUUCCCCUUUUCCUGUCCCUCCACCCCUCCCAAUACAGUCCAUCUUUCAGUGUUGCAGCCUGGUUGAGAAGGAGAGAAAAAGGUGGCAGGAAUAUCCGGGAGAUCCCCAAGGAUGCUGUGUUGUCUGUGGACCGAGAUGGACCCUGUGCCCUUCGGAGUUAGGGAUAAAAACAAAUAUUGUGUGCUCCUAUGAUUAAGCUGUGUUAUGGUGGCUUUUGAGUGUAUUCGAUUUUUUGUUUUUUCACCUUUUUUCUUUACCCCCUUACUUUGUAAGAAUGGGGAGAGAAUGCAUACUAAGAAAAUGAGUCUGUUUUUAAUUCUGUCUGCCUGCUAGCUUUAAGUAUAUGGUAUGUUGUAAAAUUUCCCGUUUCUAAUGGUGAGAGAGAGCACAAUAAAUGUACCUUAUCUCCUUACACUGAAGGCCAUAACAACAUAGUGGGGUAAUUUAAGAACUCUCUUGCAACAGGUUGCUUUUUGAUAGCAACUGGCUAAUGAAUUUUUAAAAGAGAAGAAAAAUACUAGUUUUCCCCUCUUGGGGAAAUAGAUUUUAAAUGGCUAAACUACUAGCCUUAGUCUAAUAAAAUCAACUACCGCUUUUGUGAGUCUGACAGGCCAUAUUUUUAUGUGGCCCUUUGUAGAAUGGAGUGUGCUGAAUGAGGUAGUAAUGCCAGUGAGUUGAGUGGGUCUAAUGAUUGAGGGGGACUCUGUAACAUGACUUUCCCUCAGCCAUUAUGCAACGAAUCAGGGCAAAAGAUGGGAUGACAGAUGGGGUCAGUUAGAAAGAGCUUCUGGGAAACAAGCUUCUACGUCUAUGUAAAUACACACACCUUCUUUUUUAAAUGCACAAAGCCUAAGAGAUCACUUAAUUUGGGCUUCAUUAGGACUGAGAUUGUUGAGUUCUUUCUGGGAACUGGGGAGUUCAUGACAUCCAGGCUCUGGACACUGCCAGCUCUCUCCUGAGGGUGCCACUUUCUCAAGAUGAAAACUGUGACUGAAAAGAAUGAAUAAUAAAUGUUUCUGAGCUGUCUGUGUACUCCCUGGGUGGGUGAGAGAAGAGACUAGACUGCUAAGCCUGUCACAGACACAGUAGGCAUCCUUGGCUCAGAUUUUAGAGAAUUUGAAAGCAAGGCUUUGGCCAAAAUUCUAAGACCCUAAUCACUUUACCUUCCUCCAAAUUUCCCAACAUACAGUAAACAACAUCUGUGCAGAGAUAUGUAUGUAUUUAGUUCAGGUUGACUUGUGUCCUUAUAAACUCUUACUCGAAUGAUUUGAGCUUUCACGUGACUGGGAUUUUUUUUUCCAAAGCUACAAGCAUGGCCGCCUGUGGUAUCGAGGUGUUGCAAAACAGUAUCUGUGUUGCGCUUCCUGUUUUAACCUACCUCGUUUUGUUUGUUUUUGUUUCACUGUUCAUCACAGCAGUGUUAUCUCCAGGAGACAUAUAGAGAGCUUAACUGGCAAUCUCAGGUGUAUUUAAUAUUUUAGAAACAAAACAGUAGUUGGCCAAAUUGUUCUUCCUAAAAAUGUGAAGGAGAAAUCUAAUGACAAAAACUAAUAUGGCUUGUUUUUGGAGAAAGCAAAUACUGUAAAUGGAUCCCCAAAAAAUAAAAAAAAGCAAACAUGAUUCUGCUGAUUUUGCCCAAAUACAUGAGCAGCUAAUGAACUAUUAAUGAGAACGAAGCACACAUUAGGAAAAUGGUGCCAUUUCAAUCCAGUGGUUUGGGCAAGGUGGGAAGGGGAGGGGAAAUAGUCCAGGUUCUGAACCAGAUAAUUAUCUUCCCCCUCCCCAAAAAGGUGAUUGUCAUUUCAUUGAUUUUAUGCAGGUAACACACAGGAACAAAACAGGAUUAUCUUAAGGUGAUCACCAAGAUGGCCUCAUCACGGUCCCUUUAGCUCUCAAAAGCAAUGAAAUCCUCCCGUUCUCAUUUUUACUGCUGUGACCAUGCUGCUGAACAAUAUUGUCUUCACAAAUUCCAUGCAACAAAUUUAGCAAUAACUUUGGAUUGAACUUAGCAACUACUGUAAUUGGAUGCUGACAUGGACAAAAUACAUUGAUUUGGGUCUCAUCCCCAAAUGUGAUUGCCACCAGCUCUUUAUAUUGCUGCUGUGGUAUUUUAAACCAGAAGCUUCUUUAAAUUAUGUUGCAAACUGAUCUUUGUUUUUAUGUUUUGUUUUGUUUUUAUUUCUAAGUGAUAAGUUUGAAACACACAGCUUUAAAUGAUUUUUUUAUUGUGGGAUUUUGGGUACAGUUAAGAAAUAAAAGGGAAUCAUUGUGUUUAAACAUAAGGUAGUUUGUGAAUGUAUUUUUUAAAAUCUAGAUUCAUUGAAACAAAAAAACCAUAAAACAAUAUUAAUGCAGUCUUGUUUACAGUAUGUACAGUGACAUAACAUAGAACAUGAGCUUUUCUGGUGCCAACAAAAAUAAAACACAGAUGUUAAACAUCAAGCCAUGCCUUUUAUAUUUUUGUACAAAUAUUUUACACUGAGUAUAAGGCAAAACCAAAUUUAAAAGGGCCCCCACAAAUCUGUGCUUCUUAAAGCAUAUUUUUAGAAUUUCUUGAAGCUUUUAUCUUCAAAAACAGAUAUUCCACCCUCAUGACAGGCCUAAACGUUGACAGAGUGCAUCCUAGGUCAUGUAGAAUAUAUCAGAAUUGUGUCCUUGCUGCUUAUCCUUACAAUUCCCAACUUUUUAGUUUGCUUUAAUUCUUUUUGUUUCUUUUUUUGUGGGGGGUAUUCACCUAUCUCAAUAAAUUGUCUUCACUUUUGAUCUUCCUGUAGGGGAUUUUGUCGCUAGAAAUUGGGUCAUUUCCUUUUUAUUUUUCUACAAAGAGAAGCAGAACCUUCCCUCUGAAGUAAGUUUCAUUAGAUCUGUCAGCCUCACUGCACCAAACUGAUUAUCACCCAGCAAUCAAUUGAGAUUUACCACACCAUAAUUUUGGUCUGGGGUUUGGCAGGUGGCUAUCAUUCCUAGGCACUGGUCAGGGAUGUUGUAGCUUAGAUUCUUCAAUCUAGUGAGUGAAGUAUGAGUCUCCCACUUUCCAGUUCCAUUCAGACCAUUGUCAUUGCUCACAAUAUAAAUGAAGACAACUUGCACUAAGUUCUGAUUAAAAUCUGAUGGCUCUGUUUAGAUAAAUCUCAUUAUUUUUCUUGGAGAUUUUUAAACAAUGCUUCAGGAAGACCUACAGCUCUUUUUUAUUCAACCGGGUAGACUAAGAUGAGUGAAAUUUCACAAGUCCACUUAGACAGGGGCUCAAUUUUUCUAACUUUGACAUUGCUUCGUAAGACACACUCCUAACAUACCUUGUAUCACAUACACAUUUUUAAAAAGCAUCUUAAUUCCUGGUUGUCAUGACCUACUAACCAUUUUCUGUCUGCUCUUGUGACUCGUUAGUGAUUGUGUCUCUGGUCCCUCCUAUGUUGUAGACUGGAAAGAAGUAAGAUAUUCAGGCUGGAGCCAUUUUGGUUUUGUCCAUUGACAGACAAGGAAGGGCUGACUUCUGACUUCGCAUUCCACUGAUUUUUAAAAAAUGCUUUCCCUACUCUUAUGUGAACCAGUUCCUGUCACUGUAGUCUGCAAAUGUGGAAGAGCUCUUUGUUAUACUGGUGUGUGCUGUCUUUGAAAGUGUGCUUGAAGGACAUACUUGCAUUUGUGCUGAGUGCUUUAAGAUGUAAAAGUGCUGUGUUAUUUUUAAGAAAGAAAAUACAGUUAAUGGUCAAACAUUAACCUUUACCUGCUGCAGGAAAACAUAAGAAAUGUUGAUGAUUCUGAAUCACCCUACCAUGCUUCCAGAAUUUCCUCUGAUACUAUGUUCAGCCAUCUCAACAGUUUUUGUAAAUGGUUAGGUAACUUCAGUUCAUUCCUCAAAAUCUUCUAAUCCAAACAAAUCAAAUAAAACAUACAAACCAACCAAUUAACCAAAACCUAGCUUCCCCUGAGACCACACUAUUACAACAUAAAAUCUAAAACCAAAAAUCUAAAUUUGAUUUACUCUGCCUAUUAGUAUGUCUCAUAAAUAUCACUGUAUUUGACCUUAGUCAUAAUAGCAAUAUCAGGAACCCUAAAGCAAACCAUCUUUUCAUGAGUCUCACAUGAAAUGGGUAUAAAAUGAUCUCUUUUCAGGAGCCCCAGCAAAGAAGAGAACCUCUUCAGAAUUUGCAAUUCAAAAUUGACAAUUUGUACAUUUCUGUCAACUUUUUUUGAGUGUUGUUUUGAUUUCCAUAUUAUAUUACUGUUCUGGGAAUUUCCCAUAGACAAAUAGAAUAUUCAAUGAUUUGUGUAGCAUUAAACAGUAUGAAAUCACAACCCUGUGCUUUGCACUUUAUUCUUCUAUAUGUGCCAGUCCACAAAGGACCAAAAUAAAGAUCCUCUCUAAAGUAGUUUUCAAACAAAAAUCCCCAUAUAAAGUUUGAGCUAGUUUAUGGCCAUAUCAAAAUUUCAAUGUGGCCAUGAUGCCAAACAUUUGGUGGAAAUCUAGAAAAUACAGGUAAAAAAAUUUACAAGUCCUAAAGUUUCCAGAGUUUUGGUUUUGUGUAACUAAUUCACUCCUGGUGUGAGAGGGUUUCAUUUUGAUGGUUUAUUUUUAUCAACACCACGUUGCAUUGCACUAUUGAGGUGGAGCAAAUGGUGACAGAAAGGUGAGUUUUAAUUUCCAACAUUAGAUCUUUAUACACAGCAAAUAUUCAUGUCCCAAUUUUCCUUUCCUUAGCUCUUCUCCCAGGGUAAGUGUUGAGGACUAAUAAUACAUAUUAUGGUUUGUUUAAGAAACCUCUGACAUCAUCCUGAAUCAGAAUUUCAAAUGGUAGGUGGUAGCAGGUAAUAAAAGAUGACAGCCCAGCUAAAUCUUAAAAUUGGAUGUUGUAAAACUUUUUGUACAUUUCAGUUGUUUUAUUUACAAUGUUGACCUAACUGUAGAAAGAUGCCAGAUUUACAAUAUUAGACGGGAAUACUAUCAUUUUGUUGUGGCUAUAAUUAUUUACAUUUUUAAGUCUUUAGUUUUCAAGUGUUUUAAAUUGUCAAAAAAAAUUUGUUGAAACUGGAUAUAGUCAUACCUGUGUAUCUUCCUAGCAUAUUUUCUAAUCUGAAACUUUUAUCAGUUACUUUCAAAUAUUCUUUUGCUGCCUACAUACAAAAAUUCUUUAUGAAGUAUUCCUAUGGUUGUUCCAAGGUGUAGUUAGAACUGCUUUGGCUCUAAGCCAAGAUUUUCCCAUAUUUAUUCCCUGAAAUAUAUUGUUAUAUUAUCUCUGUCAAAAUAUGAAUAAUGAGUCAUUAGUGGU